UGACCACCGCCGCGACAUCGCUUCCUCCCCCUCUAUCUAGUGUAUGGCAUGGAAGCCUCGAUUCUCCGCCACCCGACGAGCCCUAGACAAGCAGCGCCGCCGCGUGUCUGCUUCCAGCCCCGGCCGGUCGUCCUCUUCCUUCCCCAUCUCUGCCCGAUCGUCCUCCUCCAUCCCAUCUCCCUCUGCCAUCCCUUCUCCAGGCCGGCCACCAAUGGCGUCCACGUCCCCCAGCUCCUCCGCCAGCACGCGCUCCGACCUGUCGCUGCCGGCCACCUCUCCAACACGCUACUCCCGGUAGUACAACUUUUGGAGGAAGUCAACGAGCAAUGUCUGUUGUCAUGUACACAAACUUGCUAAUAUUAAGAAGUUAUGAGCCCCAUUUGCGUCGAGGCUCCCGAGUCCAUCAUCGACGAGCCGCUGCUGCUAGGCCUGACCAUGCUUACCUGUGCUGGAGCGCAUCAACCCUGGCCAUGUACCGCAUUCACGGCGUUAGUUUACCAUGCUGCAACCGCAGCGGUCUGCAAUCUCAGGUUUCCAUGAUGGAGCAUGAUUUUUACCUAAGAAGAAUACUCACUGGGUGUGUAACCUCUGGAGUUAUCCAUGUAGGCAACAAAGUUCAUGGUCUGUGCAACAGAGAUAAAGGGAUUCAGAACAUUGACGAUGGAAAGGUUUUGACUGCUCUACCAGCAGUUGAGUUGGGACCCUCCCACAAUAUCUAUGACUUUCAGUGUGAAUGAUUCAACACUGAGUGGCCAUGAUGGCGCUCAUGUAAGUACCAGAUAACUGGUCUUUACAUCAGUGAACGAGUUCCUUUUACUUGAUCCUCUUUCUGCCUGAGUAAACCUGAGCCACCCUUCUAUUUGACUGAGUAGAACAACAUAAGUAAAAUGUAUGUGAUGGCUGCAUGAAGAGGCU